GCGGCCGCCGAGGAGCCGCGUCCCCCCGCUUCGGCCGGGCCCCCCCAGCCCGCCCGGCCGAGGGGGAGCGGCUCUCCAAAGCGGGGAGGACCGGCCGAGCCCGGCGCCCGGCCGGGGGGGGCCGUGGAGGCCCGCGACGGCACGGCCGAGCCCACCGUGGUCCCCAGCGGGGCCGGGCCCGCCAUGGCCGGGCCCGCCGUGGCCAAGCCCACCGUGGCCAAGGCCGCCGCCGAAGAGGCUGCCGGGAGCGGGGCCGGGGAGGGCAGCAGCAGCAGCCUCGGCCCGAGCCCCGCCAGCCUGGACUCCCUCGACUCCUUCUCCAACCUUCACUCCUGCCCCAGCAGCUCCGACCUGACCAGCGACGACGGGGCCGAGGCGCCGAGGCCGGACCGGACCCCGGCCGACGAGGGAGGAGGAGGCCCCGCCGCCGCCGCCGCCGCCGCCUCCUGGCUGGCCUCCAAGGAGCGCUUCCCCGGCCAGUCCCUCUACCACAUCAAGUGGAUCCAGUGGAAGGAGGAGAGCACCCCCAUCAUCACCCAGAACGAGAACGGCCCCUGCCCCUUGCUGGCCAUCCUCAAUGUGUUGCUCCUCGCCUGGAAGGUGAAACUGCCACCAAUGAUGGAAAUCAUAACUGCCGAACAACUCAUGGAAUAUUUAGGAGACUACAUCCUUGAUGCAAAACCAAAAGAUAUUUCUGAAAUUCAACGAUUAAACUACGAGCAGAAUAUGAGUGAUGCCAUGGCGAUCUUGCACAAGCUCCAGACGGGCCUGGACGUCAACGUGAAAUUUACGGGGGUGCGGGUGUUCGAAUACACCCCGGAAUGCAUCGUGUUUGACCUCCUCGCCAUUCCCCUGUACCACGGCUGGCUGGUGGAUCCCCAGAUUGCUGACAUUGUGAAAGCCGUCGGGAACUGCAGCUACAACCAGCUGGUGGAGAAGAUAAUCUCCUGUAAACAGUCCGACAACAGCGAGUUGGUUAGCGAAGGGUCAGCUGUACCUGCUGGUGACCGACCAGGGUUUCCUGACGGAAGAGAAAAUCGUGUGGGAGAGCCUGCACAACGUAGACGGGGACGGGAACUUCUGCGAUUCCGAAUUCCACCUGCGGCCUCCUUCCGACCCGGAGACGGUGUACCGGGGACAGCAGGAUCAGAUCGAUCAGGACUACCUAAUGGCCCUAUCCCUCCAACAAGAGCAGCAGAGUCAGGAGCUCAACUGGGAGCAGAUCCCAGAAGGAAUCAGCGACCUGGAGCUGGCAAAGAAACUGCAAGAGGAGGAGGACCGCCGGGCCUCGCAGUAUUACCAGGAGCAGGAACAGGAGCAGGCCCAGGCGGCCGCGACGGCCCAGACGCAGGGCCAGCCGGCGCCAGGGGCGGCCUCCCCGGCCAGCAGCCGGGCCCCCGGGAGCGGCGAGCGCAAGCGGAAGGAGCCCCGGGAACGAGACAAGGAGAAGGAAAAGGAGAAGAACAGCUGCGUCAUCUUGUAACCCGGGGCGGGGUCGUGCCGGGGUCCGGCGCCGGCCGCUCGCUCGCUCGCUCCACGCCGUCUGUGCCUCAUCACUCAGCGGACUCCGUCCCGGCCCCUAAAGCCGGCGGGAUCCCCGCUCACGGUGCCCCUCUCCCGGCCCCGCGGGGGCCUCCGGGAGCCGUCGAGCCGCGGGAGCGCCGGGGAGGGGACGGGGCGCGGAGCCGGUCACGAGGAACGCCGCACUCUGUAGCCUCACACGCAAAUCACGGCAAGUUCUGUGUCAUAGUGACAUUCGUUACUCACGAUAUCAGUCGGUAAGCUAGCCCAUCUUCUGUUCCCGGUGAGAACGGAGGUCAUCGGGCCGGGCCGGCGGGCCCCGUCCCGCCGUCGUCCCGGCGGCACGAGAGGUUCUUCCGUUCCUUCCCACGGCGUCGUCCGGUGACGGUUCCGACCCCCGCCCUGGGAAUCCUCGGGGGGGUGGAUUCGUGGGGGCCGCGGCCCCAGGAGGGGGAGAGAGUUCGUUCUUCUCGGGGCGGGGUUUGGCCGUUGAGGACGAGGGAAGUUUUCCGUCGGUUGGAGGGGUGGGCUGAGGACGGGUCGACCGGGGGUCGUCCUCGGAUCCCGCCGGCUCGGCUGCCGGGGACCCUACGGUGUCCGUGUCGUGUUUCCGGCCGGCGGAGCCCCGCGUCGCGCCGCCCCGGACCGGGCUGCUCCUCUCCCCCGGGGGCGGGGGACGGGCGGCGCCGAAGGGGAGGAAGAGGGACCCGUCGGGUAGGAGCGCCCUUGUAGAAAUGCAGAAUUAAAGUAACUCAGAAAAGCUUAAUAUCUGCCUUUUUCCAGAGAUACCUUGAACCUUAAUGAGAAAUUCCAGUGUCCAAGUAAGCUAAAUGCAGAUACUUUUCUUUUCCCGAACCUCCCGUACAAAUAAAAAGCACACUCCCGCGAGGAAGGAGAGCCGGGCCUCUGAGAGCCGACGGGGCAGACCCUCCCCUUCCGGAGGCCCGGGGAGAGGGCUCCGUUCUUAGAAUCACCCGGCGAGGACCGCGGGGAGCCCGGGCACGAACGAUCAGAGGUCUUCUAACGUACGGGAAUCCGGCCAACGCACGACCUCCGUGGCGCCCGUACAGGAGGCGGAAAGAGGAUGUUCGUCCAGCUUUAUAGCGGGGCCGGGAGGGGGAGGUGGGAGGACGCCGCAGACCCCGCCCCGGCCCCCGCUCCCAGUUGCGAAAAAUCUCUUAAUCGCCUUUUUGAUAAGCUUUCUACUUUGCGAUUUGGUUUUAGUCGUUUUCGUACAGGCCGCGGAAGAAGAGACAAACGGUUGUGAUUCCCGUUCUGAGCCUAACGAGGCGCAUUGACGUCAGAGCACUUGGCCGGUCCGGGGAAGGACCGUCGGAACUAGAUUUCUACCGACCGCCAACUCGAGCCUCUCUUCAUCCGGCCCGGCCUCCUAAAAGGCAGCCGGGACCGGGGGCGUCGGGUCCACGGCGAGGCCGGGCCGUAGCCGCCUCCCCGCCCCGCGUCCCCUUCUCUCGGUCGCGUACGAACGCGCGGGCGCGCGUCCGUGCCCUUCGCGUCGGCUGCGCCUCGGGCUGGGCCGCCCCGGCGGCGGCGGAAAGGGCUCCCGCCGCCCGCGACGACGCUCCGCUCCACGACGUCGCGCGACGUCUCGUGGCUCUCUCGUUCCGGACGGCUCCCCGCCCGGGCGCGGCCCGGCCUCCCGGCCCGUCGCCGGCUUCUCCGGCCCCCGGGGCCCGGACGGUAGCGCGGGAUGGGGGCGGCGGGCGGGAGGGGACCGACCAAGCUCCCCGGAGCGACCGACCACGUCCCCUCUCCCGCCCCGACCCCGGGGCGCUCCGAGAUCGAGCUCUUUAGGUUUAUUUAUUGCUCUCGAAGAAAACCCCGCCCGUCUCCGGUCCUCGUCCUCUAACCCUUUCCAAAGAUGACACUGCCACUGUCCGCCCACCCGCCCCGGAAACCCCACGGUCAGACCUUCACCAGCACCGCUGCUACCGGAGAGCUCCGCCGUCUAGUUUCCAGAAGAGCACUAACACGUAUUUGCAAAUUGCAACGUUUUCUAUGUAGCGUUUCCGUGUCCGUGUCUUUCUUACACUCCUGAAAAUCGAUCUGUCGUACGAGGGACGCGGUGAUAAAGCGUCCCGUUUGAUCACCGUGGAAGGAAAAAAAAUUAAACGUCUUCGGUUGCUAUAAAAUC